AUGAAGAAAGCUGGAAAAGAUACAGCGGCACAAGAGGACGCCCCAAGAAGACUGUCGGCACAGUCCCUCCCUGAGUCUGUAACCUGUCUGACCUUUGAUGACUAUCAGUGCUCAGGCAAUAUCCAGGUGGACUUCCCUAAACUCUGUGCUCUCCUGGAUAAAAAGAGCAUACCACCUGUCCACAGUAAAAUCAGAAAAACUGAAAGGGAAAGAACACCAGCUAUGAAGCGAAGCUGGAAGCAAAUAGUGACCCAUCUCAUGAAGGAAAACGAGGUCCGAACUACAGCUCUCUGGACGAAGCCGUAUCUCUGCGUGGAUUUAGAAAACAAAAGCCAGUUGAGCAGUAAAGGCCUGAGGAUAAUCGGAUGGGAAGUAGACGAGCAGAUUAUGAAAGUUUUGAACAAGCUACUUCAAGAUUUGAGCCAACUUCAGAGCAUCCAUUUUUGGCGAGCCAGACUGACGGAUGAAAUGGUGUUGUUGCUCUCAAGCGCGCUGUCUCUCAGAGUGGUGUAUCUGGAGGGAAACCCGCUCCCACGCCACAGCUUCCACCUCCUCCUCUCAAACGACAGUGUCAUCACUCACCUGUUCCUGAGAAAUAACCACAUUGGAGACGAAGGCGCUCGUCUGAUCGGCGCCGCGCUCUCCACGCCCAAAACCUCCAACAAAAACCUCCUCUUCCUCAGCCUCGCAUUCAACUCCAUCGGAGACGCAGGAGCAGCGUAUCUCGCUCAGGGGCUGCGUCUGAACCGGACCCUGCUCUUCCUGUCGUUGGCCAACAAUCAGAUCGGAGACUCAGGGGCCGCUCAUCUCUCCAGGAUUCUGGGGGAGUUUCCUUUGACUCAUGAAGAGGUGGUGGAACGAAGGAAACUGCUGUCAUGGAAGACGGACUGGACAAGUGUGGGUUUGGAUCCUCAGGACGAAGGAGCGCCCGCAGCGGUCAAAGUAGAUUCUAAACCCAACGCUAAGAAGAAGGAAAUGGUGAAAAAGGAUGAAAAACCAGCUCCUGUCCAGAAAGAAACCCCAAAGAAGGGUCAACAAAAAACUGCAAAAGCUGCUGCAAAAGCAGCUCAACAGAAAGGACUGAAGUCUGCAGCAAAGAAGAAACCGACUCCUGCCGACGCUCCAGAGGAGAAGAUGACAAUUUCUGAGAUCGAGGAGACAGUGCACCCCCUCCUGGACCUCUUGGUACAGUCCAGGGACCGACAGCUCUUUCUCUCCGGAAACUCAACUCUGAUCUACCUCAGUUUAGCAGGAAACAUUCUGACAGAGAAGUCGCUGCCGUCGCUGCUCUCGUCCCUGGAGCAGCAGACAGAGGGAGGACUGCUGCGUCUCUGCCUUAAAAGAAACAACAUUUCCUCUGAGUGUGAACUGUUGCAGAAAAUAGAAGAACUCCUGGAGCCAAGACUGUCACAGAUCAGUGAAACAACUGAAUGA